CACUGCGCUGUGCGCUCGUCCGCCGUCGCUCGGCGCGCCGCGAUGCGCAGAGGGACCGCGCUGCAUCAUGAAGCUCCGCAGCAAGGCGGCGGCGCUGCUCCUGCUCGCGCUGGCCGCGCUGCUGCUCGCGCUGCUGUCCCUGCGCGCCGGCCGCGCCGAGCCCCCCGGGGUCCCCGCGCCGCCCGCGCGCGCCGCGUCUGCCCCGCAGCGCCGCCCCGCGCCAGUCCCUGCGUUCCUGCCCGGGCCGGGCGUCCCUCCCGGGGCUCGGAGGCGACGGCCCCCGCGUCCGCGCCCACGAGCCGGUCGCCGGGGCGCGGCGAGCCUGGAGAAGUUGGCGAGGAGAUCUGAAGAGGCCAGGAGUUUCCAGGCCGUGCUGCCGCCCCAGCUGUGGAUGCACCUGGCCGUGGUGGCCUGUGGCGAUCGGCUGGAGGAGACCCUGGUCAUGCUCAAGUCGGCCGUGCUGUUCAGCCACAGGCAGAUGUACUUUCACAUCUUCACGGAAGACACGCUGAAGCCCGAGUUUGAUAAGCAGUUACGACAGUGGCCUGACUCAUAUACAAAGAAAUUUGAGCACAGAAUCUACCCCAUCACAUUUUCUGUUGGAAACCCUCAGGAGUGGAAGAAAUUAUUCAAACCCUGUGCUGCCCAGAGACUCUUUCUUCCGGUGAUUUUAAAGGAUGUGGACUCCCUACUCUACGUGGACACUGAUGUUCUCUUUCUGAGGCCUGUUGACGACAUCUGGAAGCUUCUGAGGCGGUUUAACUCCACCCAGCUUGCAGCCAUGGCCCCUGAGCAUGAAAUCCCGAAGAUUGGCUGGUACAGUCGCUUUGCUCGGCACCCCUUCUACGGCACUGCAGGAGUGAAUUCUGGGGUCAUGUUGAUGAAUUUAACUCGAAUAAGAAGUACCCAGUUCAAGAACAGCCUGAUCCCCACAGGCCUGGCUUGGGAGGACAUGUUGUUCCCUCUGUACCAGAAGUACAAGAAUACCAUCACAUGGGGUGACCAGGAUUUGUUAAACAUCAUUUUUUAUUUCAACCCAGAGUGUCUCUACGUGUUCCCCUGCCAGUGGAACUACCGCCCGGAUCACUGCAUGUACGGGAGUAACUGCAGAGAGGCUGAGCGCGAAGGAGUGUCUGUCCUGCACGGGAACCGAGGCGUGUACCACGACAGCAAGCAGCCAACAUUCAGAGCGCUGUACGAAGCAAUACGGGACUUUCCCUUUCAAGACAAUCUCUUUCAAUCCAUGUACUACCCACUUCAGCUGAAGUUUCUGGAGACGGUGCACACGUUAUGUGGACGAAUCCCGCAAGUGUUUCUGAAACAAAUUGAGAAAACCAUGAGAAGGGCUUAUGAGAAGCACGUGGUCAUCCAUGUUGGCCCCAACCAUGUGCACUGAGUAGCUCAUGAGGUUGCAAGUCAAUUAGGUGGACAUACUGAUCCCCAUGCUGCCUGGAUCCUUCUCUGUGUCCACCUUCAAUGGUAUUCUACCACUGUUGAGUUUAAAAAGUCUUGUUAAAUUUUGCUAAAUUAGUUACCACUAAAAGGGAACAUGCCAUUCUUUAUUUUUUCUAAAAUCUUAUUUAUCUCUAUAAUAAAAGGAAAAACAGGGUUCAC